UGGAGUGGUAAGGGAGGAGAGAGAAUAUUACCAAGGAAACCCCACUUCUUUGCUCAAAUACAUUGCAUUUGGUUUGUAUCCUGCGCAUCGUCACACCUAACCUCUCCUCUCGUAUUAAAACCAACCCUUUUACCUUGCUAUCAAUGUUUCAUUUCUCUUUCUCCACGGUUUUUUUUCUUUCUUUCUCUCUCUUUUUGCCCUAUCUGAUAGGGUUUUCAUGUCCUUCUAGGUCCAAUCUCUCUCAUGCAUUCGUGUCUUAAAGCUACAUACGGUGACGUUUCAGCCUUCUUCCUUGUUGGGCCUCUCUUUCUUGCUCUCUUUGGAGGGUUUUUGCGCGGAGGGCAGAGCAGAUUUGACCGCCCAGGGUUUUUUGACCUGUAUUUAUGUCAAAGCUCUUUACUCUUAACGGAAGUGAUGAUAUUUCCGCUAGGGGGUCAAUUUACCCAAACCCCAAGGAGUCAACUCUCUUUUUGUCCCUUGGACGUCAUGUGGAUGCAUAUUUCCCUCCUUGGAAGAGGUCCUGCAUCGGUGCCCCUUUUGUUCUCUCUGGAGAGAGGUUUGAGCUGAAGAAACCAUCAAUUGAGGUUCUCCCUGAUGAAUGCUUAUUUGAAAUCCUCAGACGAUUACCUGGAGGCCAAGAGAGGAGUGCCUGUGCUUGUGUUUCCAAGCGCUGGCUUACACUUGUAAGCAACAUCUGCAGUGAUGAAAUCAGUGACAACAAGACCAACCAAGCUUUGAAUCUCAGGAAAGAGGGUAUUGAUAAGAAGGAUGGAGUUGUUUCUGAGGUUGAAGAUCAUGAUUUUGAGGGUGAUGGAUAUCUCUCUAGGAGUUUGGAAGGGAAGAAAGCAACAGAUGUUAGACUUGCUGCUAUUUCUGUCGGAACUGCUAGUCGUGGAGGAUUGGGCAAGCUUUUUAUUCGAGGUAGCAAUUCCAGGCGUGGAGUGACUUCUGUUGGCCUCAGGGCCAUUUCCCGUGGAUGCCCUUCUCUAAGGGUUCUUUCCUUGUGGAAUUUGUCUUCUGUUGGAGAUGAAGGUCUGUGUGAGAUUGCUGAUGGGUGUCACCAGCUAGAGAAGCUUGACCUUUGCCACUGUCCUGCAAUUACAGAUAAGUCAUUGCUCUAUGUUGCAAAGAGCUGCCCUAAUUUGAAUGAUCUGACCAUUGAGGGUUGUGCAAACAUUGGGAAUGAAGGUCUCCAAGCUGUAGCACGCUGCUGUCCGAAUCUAAAGUCUAUUUCAAUUAAAGAUUGCCCCUUUGUUGGAGAUCAAGGAAUUGCAAGCCUGUUGUCUUCAGCCUCAUAUUCCCUCACAAAAGUAAAGCUCCAGGCCUUGAACAUUACUGAUGUCUCUCUUGCUGUUAUUGGACACUAUGGCAAGGCAUUGACUGACCUUUCUCUCACUAGCCUUCCAAAUGUGAGUGAGAAGGGCUUCUGGGUAAUGGGUAAUGGUCAUGGGCUACAGAAAUUGAAAUCUUUCACUGUUACAUCCUGCUGUGGAGUGACAGAUUUGGGACUUGAAGCUGUUGGAAAGGGUUGCCCAAAUUUGAAGCAGUUCUGCCUCUGCAAAUGUUCUUUCUUAUCUGAUAACGGAUUGAUGUCUUUUGCCGAAACAGCUAGUUCACUAGAGAGCUUGCAACUGGAGGAGUGCCACAGGAUCACCCAAUUUGGGUUUUUUGGUUCCCUUCUUAACUGUGGUGCAAAGUUGAAGGCUAUUUCUCUUGUGAAUUGCUUGGGUAUUAAGGACUUAAACUUGGGAUUGCCUCUUUUAUCCCCUUGUGAAUCCCUUCGAUCGCUGUCCAUCCGUAACUGCCCUGGUUUUGGUGAUGCUAGCUUAGUUGUGUUAGGGAAGUUGUGCUCUCAACUGGAGCAAUUGGAGUUGAGUGGGCUUCAUGGAAUAACAGAUGCUGGGUUUCUCUCAUUGCUUGAGAGUUGUGAGGCUGGUUUGGUGAAGGUUAAUCUGAGUGGUUGUGUGAAUUUGAGUGACAAAGUUGUUUGUAUCAUGGCUGAUUCGCAUGGGUGGACUCUAGAAAUGCUGAAUCUUGAUGGUUGUAAAGUCAGUGAUGCUAGUUUGGUUGCAAUUGCGGAGAACUGUCAGUUGCUCAGUGAUCUUGAUGUCUCCAAGUGUGCUAUCACUGAUUCUGGAAUUGCAGCUCUGGCUUGUUCUAAUCAGAUCAAUCUUCAGAUACUUUCUAUUUCUGGUUGCUCUAUGAUCUCAGACAAAAGCUUGCCUUCACUUGGAAAAUUGGGUCAGACCCUCUUGGGGUUAAACCUACAGCAAUGCAAGGCAAUCAGCAGCAGUGCAGUUGACCUGCUUGUAGAGCAGAUAUGGAGGUGUGAUAUCCUUUUCUGAACUAAUGGAUAUAGGUCCCUCCACAUAUUGCCUUGUUUGGCUUUAUCAACAAAAAGGGGUUUUUGACCAAAUCAAGAACUCUCAGAGUAGCGUUUGUUAGUAGUAGCUGUUUGUGUUGUUUUUGGGUCCAUCAGCUAUGGGUCUUCUAUCUUCCAGUACUCGGUCCCUUUUUCCAGGGAAUAUGGCCAUCCUCCUUUUUUCACGGGUUUCCUUUCAUUGGAGAUCUGUUAUUAGAGUUUGAAUCCCAAUAAUGGGUAUUAGUUUCGUGAUGGCCAAAUUUCCCUGAUAAUACAGUUGCUGGGUUCUGGAUUUUAGGGUAUCUUUCCGGUUGGUUAUGUUUUUAUGUUUGUUGGGUGCUGGCGCAUGGUGUUUUUGCUUAGCCUCGUUGAUUUCUGCUUGGGCUAAGCUUUUGCUAUUAUUGUCCUUCCAGUACCCUCUCUGUAGUUUGUCCAUUGUUGGUUUUACCGAGUCUUUCACGUUUUUUUACUCAAUGUUCUGCACGUGAUGGUUGGGUUUGUUUUCCUCAAGGGCGGAUUGAAAGUCUCGAGUCAUUGUAGUUAUGGUUGCUUUUGGCAGUUUGAAGUUUGGUGCCUAUUUUUCACGGGCUUCGGCCAUGGCAGCAAUUUAUGUAGUCUGCCAUGACAGCUCUUGGAGUUGUUUUUAUUUUAUUUUUACCAAGCCCUAGUUUUACUGGUUUCACUUGCUCUGAACUGUGUGGUAUGUAAACUGUCAACCAUGUAAUGAAUUUUAAAUCCGCCUUUGGAGGUCAUGUAUGUUUUUGCCCCAGUGAUUAAUAAAAGGUGAUCAACCUAAUAUUUGUAGAAAUGAUGUGAAUCACUGAAUGCUAAUUUGACUGAUUCAAUUUUCUGGAAAUUGUGCUGUGAGUGACCGUUGAGGGCUGGUAGGAAGUAUGUGAAAUGUUGGUACAGAAAAUCAAACAAUC